UGAGGGGUAACAUAUCAUGUUUCCCCCUUUCUUUCCCCCUUCAACGAUCUCGGCGUCGUCGCCAUGGAGUUUUGUCCGGUAAAGAAUGAGUUCUAGUGUUUGAAAAAGAUGAAAAUGGCGCUACCUACACUUCAACCGUUCUGGAUGAAACGCUAUAAAAAUGCCCCUGAACAUUUUCAUGUACAGCGAGCACAACACGAGUUUGAUUUUAGAAAUACUUGGGACAAAAACAGAAAAUAUUUUAUCCAUUCAAACGUUGAGGCUACCAAAAAACGAGCUUGGCAGUCAGAUCAAUGUUUUCGACAAAGUAUGGAUGCUCUUGAUGCUUUAUAUCAAAAGGAUAGGAAGACGUCUCUUACAGCAGAACGCAGGAAGAAACUUAGUGAACUUUUGUUGAAGGAACAAAAAGAAUAUGAGAUAGAAUUACAGCAGCUGCGAUUUUCUCAAAGAGGUCAAGAAAUGAAAACAAGAGCUGAAACUUUAAAGACUGCAAGGGAAGAGAGAAGGAAAAAGACUGCUAAAGAUAAGUUGUAUGAACAUUGGAAAAUUAAUGCUCCUGAACUUCGUGAGAUUGAGUCAGAAAAAUUUAAAAAACAUGUUGUUGAUUCUUGGAAAGAUCAAAAUGAUGACAAAAUAAUGAGAGAUAAUUUUGACAAAGAACAGCAGGAAAGAAUGGAAUCGGAGAUGGAAAAACAACGUCUUCUCUUGAUUCAUCGGGAUAAAGAACUUCAGCAUGCCAAGAAAAUGAAGGAAAAAGAAACUGCGAAACAACUUCAGAUGCAAAUAAAUGAAUUAAGAAUAAGAGAAGAAGAGGCUGCAAUGUUAAAACAAGAAGAAGAAAGACUGGAAAUUGAACAGAGGAUUAUAGAUAAAGCAGAAGAUCAAAGAAAGGCAAUUGACGAUGAAAGAAAGAAAAAAUCUCAUGGUUUUGUAUUGAUCCAGCAACAUAAAGCUCAGAUGAAACGAAAAAGUCUUGAAGUCCAGAAAGCGCUUGAAAUUGAUCUUGAAAUAUUGCGCAACAUGGCAGAAAAGGAAAGUAAAGAUGAAGAAAUAAAAACGUCAAGACGGGAAAAAGCAAGAGCAGAUGCUCGUUAUAUGCAACAAGUUAUAGAAGAUCAGUUACGAGUUGAAAAAGCAAGGGAGGCUGAAUUAGACUCAAUGUAUCGUGACGAGGCAGCAAGGAUGUGGCAAAAACGUGAUGCUGAAUGGGAACGUGAGAGAUUAGCUCGAGAAAGAUUAAUGACUGAGGUUUUAGAUGAACGUAAAAAACAAAUUGAAGAGAAAUUAAAUCGUAUACGAAAACAACACGAGGAAUCUCUAGAGAGUCAGGAAGCAUUAUUAAAUGAAAUGGAAGCUGUAAACAGAAUGACUCAACGCGAAAAAAAACAUGCAGAAGAAAGAAAGAGAUUUAGAGAAAGAGAACUUCAGACACAGAUUAAAGAAAGACAACAAAUACAGAUGCAACAAAAUUUAAAAGACAAAGAGAGAUUUGAAACUCAGAGACAACAAGAGGAUUCUUAUCAACAAAUGCUUCGUCAUGAGGCUGAAAGGAUAACCGAAAGAGGCAUGGGGCAGAAGUCUUAUCGUCGUCGUAAGAUUGCCUUUGAUUAACUUCACACUAACAACGAAAAAUGAAACCUCUUCAUGUCAAACGUGAUUCACAGGUUUGAGAAAAGACUGGGACAAAAACAUCUCAGUAAAACAUCUCAGUGAUGUUGACCGUGAUUCACAGGUUUGAGAAAAGACUGGGACGAGUAUAAUAUUUAGUUCGCUGUAGUCUCUGAGUUGUGAGUAGAAUUGAGAAAGUAUUUUGCAAUAUAAAAACAACUUUUAUUGUUUCAAUUGAAAAUGAUAAUAUCAUAUUAAUGAAAUUUAUUUAUUUAUAUUAAAAAUAUGAAUGAUUCCAUGUAGUCAUGGUGCUAUGACACCUUAAAUCAAAAUAUUUCAUCUGAA